AAAAAACUUUAAUUUAUAAUAAUCUAAACCGAAACUCAAUCAGGCAGCAGAAACCGACAAGAAUUGCGACAAACAGUAAAACUAGACAUUAAUAGCACUCUCUUUCUUUAAAGACAAUUCCUUUGAUCAUAAGUCUUCUUUUUUUCUUUUAGCUUCUUCUUCUUCUUCAUCUGUGUUCAUCAAUGGCGAAACCCGAUCCACAUGAAGAUCCAGUUCAUCCAAACCCAAGUAAGUCAAUCUUCUCUUACCUCCUCCCAAAGCUUAUCUUCCUUGCAUUUCUCCUCUUUAUCCCCCUUUCUCCUUCUCGAGCUCCAGAAUUCAUAAACCAAACCAUUUUCGCCCAGUUCUGGGAAUUCCUUCACAUUCUUUUCUUCGGCAUUGCCGUCUCCUAUGGAUUAUUAAGCCGGAGAAAUCAAUAUGCCGGUACCCACGCGCCGCUGUCUCAAUCUCAGACCCAAAAUUACUUUUCUGGGAUUCUUCAUUUCCCUUCAGUUUCCGAAGAGAAAAUGAAGACAGAGACGUGGAAUUCUCGCUAUUUGGCACCCAGAUCCAUGGAGAUAUUGUCGGUUCCUGAUGAACGGAUAAAACCCAGAUCGGAGAUUGAAUAUAAGCCAUUAGGGUUGCCUAUUCGAAGUUUGAGAUCAAGAAAAGUGGAGGUUAUUAAAGAAGAAUCUUCUGAUCAGAGAAGCUGGUCUAGCUCGGAUUCGGUGAGCUCAGUUGAAAUGGAGAGGGGGAAAGUUAGGGGUUUGGUUCCUAUGAACUUGGAGAAGAAAUUCAUCAAGGAAGCUUCUUCGGCAAUUCCAUGGAAGAGGAGCUCGGGAAGGAGGAAGAAGAAGAUUGAUGAAUCUGAGGACUUUUGGGCGUCUGUACUGUCUGAAAACAGUUCUUCUCCUCCUCCAUUGCCGAAUUAUUAUUAUUCUUCUUCGAAAACCCAGAACAUGGAAAGAGAUGAUUGUUCUCAUGAAGUUGGUAAUUUGGAUGGAAGAGCCUUAUUUAGGGGGAAAUCUGUGAGAACAAUUAGAACAGAGAAUUUGUAUAAAAAGACUGAUAAUAAUAAUAAUUAUAACAAUCUGGUCUAUCAACAAGAAUCAUCAUCUCCCAAACAGGAGGAUGAUCAGAAGAAGAAGGAUGAUGAGGCUGAUCGAAAGGGAAGAGACCAACAGGAAGAGGAAGAAGAAGAAGAAGCUGAACAGAGGAGUAGUAGUAAUGUUGACAGCAGCGCCAUUGAAGAAGAAGAAGAAAGUGUGGAAGGAGGAACUGGUUUGGAAGAAGAAGUUGAUGAUCAUGAUGAUGAUGGGAAGGAGGUUGAUAGGAAGGCUGAUGAAUUUAUUGCAAAGUUUAGGGAGCAAAUUAGGCUUCAAAAGAUAAAUUCGGCUAGAGGGUUCAAACAUUGGAAGUAGCUCUCAUCUUCUUGAUUUACUGCAAUGCUAGUUUCAUGAUUAAUUAUUGCUAUGAGAUCUCACACAUGUAAUUUUGAUUUUUUGUUAAAAUCUG